UCAUUCGAUAUUGUCUGAUAGAUACGUCUUUGCGAACAGGUCAGUGGUUUACAUUCAUCCAAGCUAAACACAACCUCACAUUCUGUCGACAAGCUUUCCAAAAAUUAUGUUACUGUACAAUUUGCGUUUUUUUUUCUGAAUAUUUUUUAAAUAUCGGUCCAAGUAAUACAUACUUAUCAUUUACUGGAUAAUAGACAAACAAGAUGAUGAAUUGAAUUUUUACAUUUAUUUGUCUGUAAUUCACCGAAUCACGGAAAACUAAUUAAGUCACAGAAAAUUUUAAAUUUGUGGCGGAAUAAUGAAUUUUAUAUGGUAUUCACUUUGUUAUAAGAAAAAAUAGAUAUCAAUAAUUAAACUAAUUAUUACAAAAUAUUAAUAUAAUUAAAAUUUAAUAAAACUAUUUUAAUUCUUAUUAUAAAAUAUGUAGCUUAUCUUUCAAUAUGUUUUAAUAAUAGAUUGACAUUCUACAUUAUUACAAAAAGAAAUCUUGUAUAAUUUUAUUUACAACAUAACUAUUUAUCAUUAAAAAUUUAUUGUUAUUUAUUUAAAAUUUUAAAUUGGUAAUAGAUUCUAGUUUAAUAAUAUUAAAAUGUUGAUUUUUUAAAAAAUUUACUAAAACUCAAUUUUCUUUGUAUUUUUGUUAGCAAAAAUGUAAAUCUGUGUGUUUUGCAUUUUUUCUUUCAUUCCACAUCUUUUGUUGCUUGGUAAAAUAUUUUGCGUUUAAGAUGUUAUUCUGCAAAGUUACCAAUCAGGACCAUAACCUUUUCUACAAUGGGUUUUCUUUUUCACAAAACUAAGAAUAAUUGUUGCAAAUUCCGAGUUGAUUUUCUCUAGAAUACAAAUUGUUUCUUUUUUGACCAAAAACAGUCUUACUCAUAUUAUUUUCCUUUUCCCCACUAGGAUAUGUGAGUAACGAAGCACUAAAAUCCAAUUAUUUUCCAACUUUUAUUUAUUUUCUAUUAAAUUUUCUCCACUGCUAUAUUUGUAUAAGUAUAGAAGAAGAGAUCAAGAGAGUCAAGAGAAGAGAAUCCUACCACAGAGUUUCAACAGUUGGUUUAAGUUACAAGUCUAACAAAGCUAGGGCUCCUCUUCACACAUACACACGUCUCUCCCAAGUCCCAACAACCAAUCAUCUCCAUCAGCUCAGCCUAACUUCUCGUUUCCGUUGGUUUUCUUGAAAACUCUCUCUCUCUAUUUCUGAAUAUCUUCAAACUAGCCGCCGGUUCAAGAAACUUCAGGAAGAUGUCUUCCAUGUUGGGUUGUUCUAGUGGCACCGUAGCGAUCGCAACCGCCAUGGUUUUCUCAAGCACUGCUCUGUUUCUCGCGAUGGCUCGACAGUUCCAUGGGAAGAUUCAUGAUCAAACUCCACCACCGAUACUCCGUUCAUGUCUAUCUUCAGAGGAAACGAAGAAGCAGAGGAAGAAGAAGAGAGUUCGCUUCGCGGGGAAUGUGAAAGAUACGAAAGGGAACGGGAAAGAGUACCGGAAGAGGGAAUUGAGCAGGAGAACCGUACCGGAGCCAGUGACUAAACCGGGGAAGACCGGUUCAGUUUGUGGAAUAUCAACGAUGCCAGCGAACCGGAUGGCUCUGUAUCAUGGGAUUCUCAGAGACAGAGAUCACAGGACUCAAUGCUCUUAUUGACUUUUCUUCUUGACCAAACAAGUCGAUAGAUUUUGGUUUGCAGAUUUUUCUGUAACAUACUUUUUCUUGGUAAAUUCAGAAUAGUAGUAGGUGGCCUUUAUGCUCUUCUUUUUUGAUUCAUAGUAGUAGACUAGUAGUUGGCCUUCUUGUUCUCUACUUUUCUAAUUGUUUUUGUUAUAAAAUCAAAGUGACGAUGUAAAUAAGUGUCCUGUAAUAUAUAUAUUUGAUA